AUGAAUUGUGCUCUAGCAUUUAGAUGCAAUAAUAAAAAAAUCAUAGACUUAAACCUAAAAUUCAAACUAAAAUAUAUCGACGUAGAAGAUGAAAAGGAAAUAGAAAAAUAUAUACUCUACGAAGGAGUAAGUUCUUAUAAUGAUCAAUACCUAGUUAUAAGAGAAAACGGAUAUUUUUUAAAGGAUGUUAGACUAGCUUUUAAAGCUGAAAAACAAAUCAGAGAAAAUGAAAUUAAAUAUAUGACUACAGCUUAUGAUUUUGAACAUUCUCAAAUAUUAGUAUGUUACACUAACAAAACACCACAAGAACUAAAUAUAAAAUACAAUCUUUACGAUGGAGACACUAUAAAAUUGCAACAAAUUAAUGUAAGUAUAGAAGACUAUAAAAAACAACUCUCCGAAAAAUAUAAAAAAAAUGUCCCAUAUUGUUUAAGUAUGUAUUACAUAAAUACCGAAGACGAACUAAUUUUCACACCUUCUAACAGAACAAAUCGUUUUGUUAAAGUUAACGAAAUAAAAAGGAUCGGAAAUCAAUGUUCUUGCUCGGAUGUUUACUUUGAAAGAGUCAAAUUCGAAGAUUGUUAA